GCAGAGAGAUCCACAAACUCAAGAGCAUAAACAGUAACACAGGAUAUUUUGAUGUCACUAUGGUUACGAAAGCCAGCCCGCCACUCAAUCUUAGUUCUCUAUUUGUCACUAUGUGUCACUCUCCUCUAAAAGCCUGGGGCAACGUGGUCUUUGCUGAACUCUGAGAGAACAAUUAUAAUCUCAUGCCAAGGAGGAACUAUCCUGUUUAACUCUCAUACUUUGGAAGAAUACAGAAAUACAGUUGAUUUUGCUAGCUUCACAAUAGCCACUAUCCCAAUGAUGGAGGUGAUGAGGACCUCCAGCCAUGCAAACCCAACCCCUACCCCCACCCUCAAUGACUCAAACACCUGCACGACACUGUAUGACCACCUGGAGUACGCCCGAGUCCUCAUGCCCCUCUUCUACAGCAUCGUCUUCUCUGUGGGGUUGCUGGGCAACGCCCUGGCGCUGCAUGUCAUCCGGCCCAACCUAAAGAAGUUGAACUCCACCACGCUCUACUCCGCCAACCUGGUCAUCUCUGACAUCCUGUUCACACUGUCACUACCGUUACGGAUAAUCUACUACGCCCUGGGCUUCCACUGGCCCCUGGGGGAGUCCCUGUGUAAGAUCACAGGGCUGAUCUUCUACAUCAACACGUAUGCCGGGGUCAACUUUAUGACCUGCCUCAGUGUGGACCGAUUCAUUGCUGUGGUCUUGCCGCUCCGGUUCGCACGCUUCCGGAAGGUCUCCAAUGUCCGGUUCAUCUGCGUUGGGGUGUGGUUGCUGGUCUUAAUGCAAACUUUGCCCCUCCUCUCCAUGCCCAUGACUAAUGUGGAGUCUGGUGGCUUCAUCACUUGUAUGGAGUAUCCUAACUUUGAACAUGUGCCCAACAUCGCCUACAUGCUGAUUGGCGCCGUGUUCCUAGGCUAUGGAGUCCCCGUGGUGACUAUCUUAUUGUGCUACUCCAUACUGUGCUGUAAACUCCGCCUCUCGGCAAAGACCAAUCACUUAACGGACAAGUCGGGGCGCAGCCGCAAAGCCGUUGGGGUGAUAUGCUGCGUCUCCCUGGUGUUCGUGGUGUGUUUCAGCCCCUACCACAUCAACCUCCUCCAAUACAUGAUCCGAAAGCUGAUCUAUGAAACGGACUGUGCUGAACUCACUGCCUUCCAGAUCUCCUUACACUUCACUGUUUGUCUGAUGAACCUUAACUCCUGCCUGGAUCCAUUUAUCUACUUCUUUGCCUGUAAGGGUUACAAGAGGAAGGUGCUGAAGAUCCUGAAGAGGCAGGUGAGCGUGUCCUUCUCCAGCGCAGUACGGACAUCGCCCGAGGGUUCAUCCAGAGAUGUCGUAGAUGGUAAGAAGAUCCACCUCAACAGCACUAGAUACGAACAGUGUGUCCAACAGAAUGGCCAAAGGUGAGUGACAACCAACCAACAGACCGGUGAGUCAAAGACCAUCAACAGAUCGGAGGGCCAUCAACCAGAAAACAGACCAGCCAACAGACCGGUGAGCCCACGACCAGCCAACAAACCUUUGAGCCAACGACCAGCUGACAGACUGGUUAGUCAAUGACCAGGAAACAGACUGGUAUGCAAACAACCAGCAAACUAUUUGAAUAACAUACUAUAUGUUAUGAUUUUGAAAAACACAUGAUAUGUUAUGAUUUCUAGCUAGGUGUCUAAUGUUAGGGAGGUGGCUAAUGUUAGCUACUGUAGGCUAAGGGUUAAGGUUAAGGGUUAAGAUUAGGGUUACGUUUAGGAGUUAGGUUAAAGGGUUCAGGUUAGGGGAAGGGUUAGCUACCAUGCUAAGUAGUUGCAAAGUAGCUAAAAAGUAGUAAGUAGUUUAAAGUUGCUAAUUAGCUAAAAUGCUUAUCCGUUGUCCAUGAUGAGAUUUGAACUCGCAACCUUUUGAUUGUUAGACAUUUAAGUCAGUAAAUUGCAAGAGGAUGUCCGAGGAGAUAGACUGAACUAUAACAGUAUAACUGAUUAACAGUUUAAAGAGGUAUCUCAUACCCUCUGGAAAUAGAGCCACUUAGGACAGCCAAGGUAACAAACUGUUUCUGCCUCUUGCCAAUACAGUAGUGCUGAGCGAUUCACCGUUAAAAAAAAUCCCUUGUUAUUAAACAACUAAUUUACCGACAUCCUUUCAAUUAUUUGAAUUCCAUAUAGUUCUGCUUUUUUUGUGAGCUCAACAUGCUGUUUCUCUAGAGAGAAAUUAAAUCAUUUAAUGAGAGAAACGUAGUCAAUGGGCGCAUUUGAGCGGAUCACUUUUGUCAAGUCGAUGACCAUCGUUGCGCCUACGUGUCGACUGCAUAUACUUUACAAACUACCAUGACUUCAGUCUGCAGCCAUCACCUGCAUUGUGGGAGGAUCUAUUGUCAUUGACUCACACAAACGUGACCAAAGACAUGAUUGAAAUAGCAACACAUUUUGAUACGAUUCAUGUAUACAGUUGAGUAAUUCAAAUGAAUUUGAUAUUUGAGGCUGUUUCUCACUGAUUGCAGUUUAUAAUUGUUGAAAUAAACAUGGCUCCAAUCCCCAGAACAGACACUCACAAAGAAAAACUUUUAUUAACAAUGGCAGCACUGCCAUGUUGAUCUGAGCCUUGCUGUUGGAAAACCACAUUAGUGUCUGACUUUGGUUGUCACAGAUGCACCUCCGCCGACCACUCCUCAAAUUUCGUCAACAGUCGGUUGCUUUCGCUUUACCCCUUAAACACACCUAAUAACUAUGUGGGACGCCAGGCAAAUAUUCAACCUAGUUCAGCACAGAAUUGUGGUAAUUAACUACAAUUACCAUAACCCAUUGCGCAUGUUCUUCCCAGUCCCGGACAGAGGCGGAUACACAUAGACCAGAAGGAUAUAGUCAGUUCGUGAGGUAGCUCUACCCAAUUGAUAGUUGUAGUAGUUGGCAAUAAGCAGUCUUGAAAGUAUGCCUUAUCUACUUUCAACAACUAAUACAAUUAUUUUGUCAGCCAGCUAGUCACUCACCUAGCUAAAAAGGAGGACUUGUUCAAUGGGAUGCACAGAGAUAACUUUAGAUGGGUGUCUGGCUGACAGGCUGGCUGGCUGCUACUGCCUGAGCAGAGAUGAGAUGAUGACUUUAAGGAAUGAAAAAUAAUAAAGUCAUCAAAUAAAAACGAAGUAAUAUACACAACUGAAAUAUUUUAUUAAAGUAAAGUUAUGGUUAAUAAUGAUGGCGGUAAUGGGCUACCAAAUUACCAUCAUGGUAGUUAACUAUAUUAUUAACAAUUUUUUUCUGUGUUGUUACAGCAUUCAACCCACUGUCAGUGUCAGGAAAAAAAGGCAGGCGAUGGCAUCAAAAAUAUUUUAAUGUCAUUAUUUAUAAAUGCAUUUAAUGUUUAAAAAAGUGAUUGGUUAAAACAAUUAUCUCAAAUAACACUUAUCGCUCUGCACUACAAUACAGUAACACGUUAUUUGCCUCUUGCAAAUACAGUGACAACUUGAUCAAAAGCAGAAACACAUGAGCAUAUAAGGACAAAAUUAGACAGCAUGGAUACAGGCAUGGAAAUAUGUCCCAAAAUGGACAGCCGAAUAUUACUUCAUAGUUUCAGAGACUCUGACUAUAGAAUAGAAAGCUUUGGAACAUCACAAUGCUGAGGAAUGAAAAA